AGGGAGAACAGGGCUCGGAGAGGCCCUCGAGGGCCCAGUGCCUUCAUCCCAGUGGAGAAGAUUCUUCAGGAGGGGGCUGAGAGCCUUGAGCAGCACCUGGGGCUGGAGGCACUGAUGUCCUCAGGGCGGGUGGACAACCUGGCAGUGGUAAUGGGCCUGCACCCUGACUACCUUAGCAGCUUUUGGCGCCUACACUACCUCCUGCUACACACGGAUGGGGCCCUGGCCAGCUCCUGGCGCCACUACAUUGCCAUCAUGGCUGCUGCCCGCCACCAGUGUUCUUACCUGGUGGGCUCCCACAUGGCUGAGUUUCUGCAGUCUGGCGGUGACCCUGAGUGGCUGCUGGGCCUCCACCGAGCCCCUGAGAAGCUGCGCAAACUCAGCGAGAUCAACAAGUUGCUGGCACAUCGGCCGUGGCUCAUCACCAAGGAGCACAUCCAGGCCUUGCUGAAGACAGGUGAACAUAGCUGGUCCCUGGCUGAACUCAUCCAGGCCCUGGUCCUGCUCACCCACUGCCACUCACUGGCCUCCUUCGUGUUUGGCUGUGGCAUCCUCCCUGAAGGGGACGUGGAAGGCAGCCCUGCCCCCCAGGCACCUUCACCUCCCAGUGAACAAAGCAGCCCCCCCAGCAGGGACCCAUUGAACAACUCUGGGGGCUUUGAGGCCGCCCACGACGUGGAGACCCUGAUGGAACGCAUGAGGCAGCUGCAGGAGAGCCUGCUGCGGCAUGAGGCAGCGUCCCAGGAGGAAAUGGAGAGCCGCUUUGAGUUGGAGAAGUCAGAGAGCCUGCUGGUGACCCCUUCAGCUGACAUCCUGGAGCCCUCUCCACACCCAGACAUGCUGUGCUUUGUGGAAGACCCCACUUUUGGAUAUGAGGACUUCACCCGGCGAGGAGCUCAGGCGCCCCCCACCUUCCGCGCCCAGGAUUAUACCUGGGAAGACCAUGGCUACUCGCUGAUCCAGCGGCUCUACCCUGAGGGUGGACAGCUGCUGGAUGAGAAGUUCCAAGUAGCCUAUAGCCUUACCUACAACACCAUCGCCAUGCACAGCGGUGUGGACACCUCCAUGCUCCGCAGGGCCAUCUGGAACUACAUCCACUGCGUAUUUGGCAUCAGAUAUGAUGACUAUGAUUAUGGAGAGGUGAACCAGCUCCUGGAGCGGAACCUCAAAGUCUAUAUCAAGACAGUGGCCUGCUACCCAGAGAAGACCACUCGAAGAAUGUACAACCUCUUCUGGAGGCACUUCCGCCACUCGGAGAAGGUCCACGUGAACUUGCUGCUCCUGGAGGCCCGCAUGCAAGCCGCUCUGCUCUACGCCCUCCGCGCCAUCACCCGCUAUAUGACCUGACUCCAUCCCACCUAGGAUCUGGGCCUGGAGCAGCUGACCCAGGGGCAUCCUGCUCCCUGCAAGAACUUCUCUGUCUGGAGACAGACCCAGACCCUUUUCUAUCCUACGCCCACACCCCCCACUCUGGGGGAGGGCUUAUGUGUGCUGUACAGCCCCCAAGCCACAUUCUCCUUUUUCUCACUGGAAUGGACAGGAUCAUUGCACUGACUCUGCCCCUGGGAGCUGGAAGAGGACCAGGAGAUCCCAGGGGGCCACACCCCUCCUCCUUCCCCUGCCCCCAGAGGCAGUGGGCACAGGAAGGAAAAUGGGCCAGGCUUGGUCUUAUGUGCCAGCAAGCUGGGCUCUAGCACCACUAGUGCUAUGACCUUCCUGGACUGAGAAGUCCCUGGCUGGCCCCCAAGGGAGAGGGGCACACACCUCCAGGGACUGGCACUCCAGGCAGCCUUGCCUUCCCUCCCAGAUUUCAUUACCUCCCACCUGCCAUUCACCCAUCAAUGUGAAAGUUAAGGUCACAGCUGGUCUGUGUGUCCAGUUCCCCAAAAGCCUGUUCUGCUGGGCAGCCUGAAGGCCCUUUGUUCCCUGGUUGCCUGGAUCCUAGUUCAGUUCUUUUGACUUCUUUUGCCAUCUUACCCUUUUCUCCCAUGCCUGGUGGUAUGAGGGCCCAGGAGGCCAGCACAUCAAAAAAGCAGAUUAUCUCUAGAGAGUUUGAGCCUCUUUUGAUCACUUUGCCUUCUGAAGAGGAGGGAGUAUUAAGAUUAUAAAUUCUCUUUAUUUUGGUCCUUCAUGAGGUUCAGAUCUCUACAGGGCCUCAUACCUGGAUCCACGGUCAAUGCCUGAGAGGAGGAGGAGGACAAAAGGGAGACUUGUUUUCCAGAGCGCUGUGCCUGCCACACAGCGGCCAACACCCAAUUCUGUCUCCAGAAGUUCUGCUGCAGACAUUUGCCUAAAAGUUGAGCCUUUCUAGGUGGCACAGUGCCCAGUAGGAGAGGCAGGAGACACCAGAGUUCUUAUUUGAGCCCUGCUACUAGCGAGGUGACCAUGUCCUACAUAGCCCAACCUCUUUACUGCCACAGUUGGAGACUGAGGUGUGGGUCUGAGUUUCCAUGAUGUCUGAUUUGCCUCCCCCUGGGAUUCUCAGGCCAACCUGCCAACAGCAAACCGAUUUUCUUGCAAGAUCUUGAAGGCCUCUGGGGACUCCCCACCCCUCCCCCGCCACACACUUCUGUAGUCUAUUCUCUCCUAGGUGCCUUCCAAGGACCCCCCUCCCCCCAUCCCAGUGUCUCAUCUGUCCCCUCUCCUGGAUUUUCGGUAGAUUGCUUAGAGGCAGAAGCAGCCAAGGACUGAUCCCAGGCACUUUGUUUUAGCAAGCAACUGUGAAUUAUGACUUCCCUUGCCCUUCUAGCAUAUGUGCCUCCUCUCUGACCAGUUUGGAGGUGACUGAAGAGAGGCAAGGGCUACACUGCUGCUGCUGCUUCUGACCCUCCUGUCUGGGGCGGGGCAGGAGAGGAGCCUGGCCAGUGUGCCACAUUUCAUACCCGUGCAGGCACGGGGAAGCAACUGAAAGCCCUCCCCACAAAGAAGGUGGGCAGGAGGGGAAAGGGCCCCAGCAUGGGGCUUUGGGUUCUAGAGGGACAUGAUGACGCUGUAAAUGUCCACUGGGUGGGUGGGGAGGGAUAUCCAGUGUUGAAGUGCAGCAAUCUUUGGCUUUGCUACCAGUUCUGUAUGAUGAGAAAUAAAAGUUCACCAAGGUUUUGUUUUGUA